AUGGAGGUGGUGAUACCAGGGUCUACCAUGGAUUUCGACUUCAACAGUUCACGAUCUUCUUCACCAUUCUUGAGCACCCCAACAUCGCCUAAACGUUUCGGUGAACGCUUCUUCAGUGCUCCCACGAGUCCUACACGUGUCUCCGAGUUCUACCGAGACUUCGACGAGUACUUGGUGAUGAAUGAUCGCUAUGAAAGAGAAGAGAGGGAAGAGAAAAGGGGGCCAGGUACACCCAAAUCACCCAAGGGGAGGGCCACCAGGGUGGAGGAUGAUUUCGCGUUUGAUGUUGGUGAGGAUCAAUUACAGAGGGAUUCACUCUCAGCUGAAGAACUCUUUGAUGGUGGCAAAAUCCGUCGAAAACUGGAUGCAUACACAACCCCGAACAGCCCGCUUUUGUCUCCCAAAUCAGCAUCAUCACGAGCGAAGAAGACAAUUCUGGGUGCUCUUUCGCCUAGAAGAAACAAAGAGGAAGAGAAAACAGAGCAACAAAGAGGAAGAGAAAGAAACCCAGCCCUGUCAUCUUCAAAUUCAGGCCGCAGAGCCACAAGGUCACUCUCUCCUUACAGGGCUUUCGAGUCUGUAUGGGAGGAAGAAGAAGAAGAAGAAAACACGCAGCAGAGCAGCAGACAGACGCCUGUGAAUUCAAAGGCUACAUUUUCAUCUACUACUUCGUCUUUGUCGUCCUCUUCAAAGACUUCUAAGAAAUGGAGUCUCAAGGACUUUUUGUUGUUCCGGAGCGCAUCAGAAGGGCGAGCAACAGACAGAGAUCCUUUCCAGAAGUACUCACCUUUGUACAAGAAAGAAGACAAGAACUGGAGCUUCCGAUCCACCGAAAGCUCUCAUUCGGUGAGAACAAGCUCGAGAAAGGGGCCAGUUUCGGCUCACGAGUUGCAUUACACCAAGAACAAAGCGGUGUCAGAGGACUUGAAGAAGAAAACGUUCUUGCCAUACAAACAGGGGAUUCUGGGAAGACUGGCCUUCAAUCCGGCCGUCCAUGCACUGGCUAAUGGCUUUGGGUCACUUGGUGGACGUUCAUGA